AUGAACAGGUAUCAGUUCCUCUGCCUUGCAUAUGUAACGUUUGGAUCGAUCUUCUACGGCUACGACUCGGGCAUCACCACGUCGAUCCUUGCCUAUGAACGAUUUUUGAUCUAUUUCGACUUGAACGCCACAAAGAUUGGAGCCUUCAACUCGGCUUAUUAUGGCGGAUCCUUCAUUGGCUGCAUGCUGAACUGGUACCUGCCCAACAAGAUCGGCCGGCUGCGAACAAUCCAACUGUCAUGUGCAGUGGCCUUUGUGGGCAUCUCCAUGCAGACGGCAGCAAAGAGCUUUGGUGUAUUUUGUGCCGGCCGCGUUGUUGGCGGCAUCGCCUGCGGUCUGGUCUUCAGUGUCUGCCCCACCUAUGCCAGUGAAAUCAGUCCUCCCGAGAUUCGAGGAUUCGUCGGUGGAGUGUAUGCCGUGAAUAUCAAUUUUGCCUACAUGUUUACAGAAUGGAUCGGUCUGGGCCUUUAUUUCAUCGACUCGGAUGUCUCCUGGAGAUUGCUUCUUGGACUGCAGCUGGUCCCCGCUGUCGCUAUGUUUGCUGGGUCAUUUUGGAUGCCGUUUUCGCCACGUUGGCUUAUUCUCAAAGACCGUAACGAAGAGGCCCUGGUGGUACUCAAGAAGAUGCACAGUGCGCCGGGUCACGAAGAUUUUCCCCUACGGGAAUACCACCAGAUCAGAGCCCAGAUCGAGCUGGAUCGAAGCGAGCGCCUCGGAGUCAGCUCGAUCCUCUCGAAAAAGUCAUAUCGCAAACGACUGAUGAUCGUGGUUGGUGCCGCGCUCUUUCAACAGCUGACGGGCGUUAUCCCCAUCCAGAAUUACCAGGUGCAGGUGUAUCAGAGCCUGGGGUUCUCCAACAUUCUCUCCUUGGUUCUGACUGGCAUUUAUGGCACGGUAGCCACCGCUUCCGCGGUUUUGGCCAUGUUGCUCUGCGACCGAAUCGGACGUCGAAAGCUCGUGUUUGUCGCCUACGGUCUCAUGAUCCCAGCCUCCCUUGUGCUGGUGAUCCUUUGGUCGCGUUUCGAGGCCUCAGGGAACACCAACCGCGGCCUCGGAAUCGGCGUCGUCUUUGCCAUCUACCUCUUCUCAUGUGGUUACUCGGGCCCCAUGAACACCUUCUGGCCGACGUACUCUGCCGAAAUCCUACCAACCUCGAUUCGGUCGUUUGGGGUCGCCAACAGCUACCUCACGUUCAACGGCAUAGUCAUUCUACUGGUCCAAUGCACCCCUCUUGCGCUGGAGGCGAUAUCCUGGAGAUACUUUAUCGUUUUCCUCGUGAUGGACUUCAUCUUCGUGGUGGCGUUCUCCAUCUACUGUCCCGAGACGAGGAUGAAGACGCUGGAAGAGAUUGAGGCCCUGUUCGGAGAUCAUGUUGCAGAGACGCCCGACGGGACCGGGAAGCAUCUGACCGACGAAGAACUGAAAGAACCGGAUGUCGUGGUGACGGAAAACACCAACGCCACGGAACAGUCCGCGGAGAAAAAUGCCACUUCUGCCUAA